UCUGCAUUGUGCAGAACACUCGCGGGCGCGACGGUGAUAACAAUCGCCUUGUUUACAUAAAUAAACAUUGUAUAUCGAGCAAUGAAGUUGUUUAUUGUACUAUGAAGACGCUCUUACAAGAUGUCUACAGCGCUCGCUAGUGUGCCGAAAUACAAAUUGAAUAAUGGAAGGGACAUACCGGCUAUCGCCUUGGGAACCUUCCUAGGUUUCGACGAGCGUGGCAUGGCGAAAUCACAAAACAAGCAGCUGAGAGACGUGAUCCUCGGAGCCAUCGACGUCGGCUACAGACACUUUGACACGGCUUCAGUAUACGAGACAGAGGGGGAAAUCGGAGAGGCUGUCAGGAUGAAAAUUGAAGAAGGAGUCGUCCGGAGAGAAGACAUCUUUAUAACUACUAAGCUUUGGAACACUCAACAUAAGAGGGAGCAAGUGGUGAAGGCUUUAAAUGAAUCGCUCCAGAAGAUGGGGCUGAGCUAUGUAGACCUUUACUUGAUGCACUGGCCUAUCGGACUUAACGAGGACUACAGUCACUCCGAAGUGGACUAUAUGGAGACCUGGCGCGGUCUGGAGGACGCACAGCGCUUGGGUCUCACGAAGUCCAUCGGAGUCUCCAAUUUUAAUAAGGAACAGCUGCAACGGGUGAUAGAAAAGGGGAAUAUUAAGCCUGUCGUUAUAGAAAUCGAGAUUCAUCCACAGAUAAUCCAAAAAGAACUCGUCGAUUACGCCCAGUCACAGGGCAUCGUAGUGAUGGGCUUUAGCCCGUUCGGUUCGUUAGUUAUGCGGUACGGCAUGCACUUCCCGGGACCCAAACUCGAUAACCCGUCGCUGUUGGCAAUAGCAAACAAGUACGGGAAAACCACACCGCAGGUUGUUCUCAGAUGGCUGGUGGACAGGAACGUUAUACCCAUACCGAAAACACUAAAAUACAAGCGUUUGAAGGAAAAUAUUAAUAUUUUCGAUUUUGAAUUGACAUCUGAAGAGAUUGAGAAAAUCAACGAGUUCGACACUAAAACAAGAUACACUUUACCAUCGUUUUGGCAAACUCAUCCCUAUUAUCCGUUUGAGAGAAUCGAUAAUCCUAUAGCGGAUCCAUUUGUGAAGAACUAAUGUGGGCAUCACAUAGUUCACGUUAAGCUUGAACAUUCCAUUUUGUCCACCGAGGUUUAAUUGUUGAUAUUACACUCCUGCCCAAAUAAGGAGUAUAAUAUUUUAAUAUGAAUGUAUGUGAGUUUUCUUAUUUUACUAUGACCUUUAUAUGCCCUUUUUACACCCCUAGUGAUUCUGGUAUAAAUCAAUUAAUUUAUUCAGGACUGUCGUGAAUUUUAAUUUUGAAGGUCAAAUUUUUUAUUUCCAUAAUCAUAUUCUUUACUACUGAAUUCAGUUUGAGUAAAAACUUAAAGAUGAUACUCCCGAUAAAACAUCCGUGUGUAAUGUAACAAAUAGUAAUAGUAAUGAGUACAUUAGACUAUAUUAUAUUAUAUUCGAAUGUUACAAACGUAACGCGUUGACGAAUAUCCGAAUAAGUAUGCAUUGAGUUAGUCUAAUAUUACCAGUCGAAUGAGACUAUCGUGUUACAUUACAAGCGGAGUGCUGUGUCCGUUGCAAUGUUCGUCUGAAGUGUUCAUACUAAUGUAUUAUAAUUAUUGAUAAAUUAUUUUAAGGCCAAAUUACAUGCAAAUGCUCUUUGUCGUCGUACUUUAGCAGCUAGUAAAUGAAUCAAUUUCAAAUCGAAUAUUUGUUUAAAAUAUUAGGUAUUAAGAUUUUGGCAUAAGGUACAUAACAUCUUAUUUCCUAGUUGGUGAAGUAUUAGCGAUGUAAGAGAUGGUUCAUAUUUGUUAUAGUGCCAAUGUUAGUAAACACUUACUAUUCGCCUACACAUUUGAAAUAAAAAUAAAUGUUCUCAUGCGUUGCUUGUAACAUGAUUUGGGAUAAUAUCAACGUAUUUUAAUAGUGUUAGAAGUUUUAUCUCGUCCACAUUUUUCGUAACAUCGAAAGAAAUACUAUAAUAGCAUUUAUAUAGCAAUACAAUUAGGAAAGUGUUAUAUUAAGACUCAUUAUAUACAUUAAAGUGUAAUUAAAUAAAAAUAGCUUUGUACAAAGAAUGUGAGCUUCUGAUGUGAGCGCGUUUUUUACUUGUGUUUGCGUAAUAAAGUCUGAAAUAAAUUAAAAUGA